AUGAGUCGAGUGCAAUUAGAACAAUUAAAUAUUGAGGGUCUGCGGGAGUUAGCACGUCAACAAAUCCUCGAUAUUCGUGGAGUGCGUGCAGUGCUUUUUGAGAGGCUCAUAGAUCAUUUUGAAGCGAUUGGAUGGCCAGAACAAAUAAUUAUACCAGGACCGAGUGAGACGGAAAGCCAGUCAGCAACCGAAGGAAACACGUUGCCGUUACAAAAGGACCUUCGAACACACGGUAACGUAAACAUAAGAUCGGAUGACACAGGUACGUCGCGGUAUGGCCAGAAAAACACAAGAAUAGACAACUCAAGGGUUCCCAAUCUGCAGGAGAUAGUACAGACAGUUCUACAGGCUUUAGGACCGGCCAGCAUGCAACCCUCAAAUCAGCAGAUCAUGAAUGCGGCUUCCCCUUCGCCGAGUGCCGGGUCGCAAUCCAGUGCUUUGCAAAACUGGAAUCAAGUUAAAUUUACUGUUAAAUUAAUACCUCCUUUUUCGGGACAGGAAGAAGACAAGGUAAUAACCUGGUUGGAAAGGAUUGGGAACAUCGGUCGUAUUUAUCAACUUUCAGAUGAGGUGUUAGUGCUCGCCGCCGUUAACCAGCUCCAAGGUCGAGCGUUAAGCUGGUAUAACCGUCAACCCAUAGAAACAAUAUCGUCUUGGGAGGAUUUCAAAUUUCACGUACGGGCUUAUUUUGAAAGAAAGGAAUCGGUCACAGUAACAUUGUCAAGGGUAGGAAGUCGAACGUGGAGAAUGUACUCGGAGAAAUUUGCUGACUACGCAGAAGACAAGUUAAAGUUGAUGCAAUCCUUAACACUCACCGAGAAGGAGAAAAUAGAAUUAUUAGCAGAUGGGAUUAAGGAUCCCUCAUUGAGAAGAUUCGCACUAGAUACUUGGGCUACCACGGUUCCAGAGUUUAUUAAUCACAUAAGGAAAAUAACGGAAGACAACGUAGCUCAACGACCGGAAACCAGCAAGAAAAGUUUGCCAGUAGUGAGGCCUUCCUCGAACAGGAAGAUUUGCGCACAUUGUAAAAAAUCGGGGCAUGAGAUCCAGGAAUGCCGUAUAGCAAAGGUCAUUUGCUAUAAUUGUGGACAAACAGGACAUCUGAGUACGGGGUGUCCAAAGAAGAGAAGCGGAGCAGGGCCUUCCCUAAACCAUGUGGCAGAGAGUUCGUUGGAGGACACCGUAGAAGCGGCUACAGGAUCGUCGUCAAUAGCAGUAGUUACGCGAAGCUUCAACCUUCAGGGAAAAGAAACUCCGUUUAUAACAGUCUAUAGUUUAGGAAAAGCGGACAAAUCGUUUUGUACACUAGUAGACACAGGUAGUCCGGUAAACUUAGUAAAGAGGUCUGUAUACACCGUUUUCCUUCAGAAUAAUAAAUUGCUACGAGUUCGGGAUAAUUUAAACCUAAAAGGGGUUAACAAUUCAGUUAUUUCGGUAUAUGGAAAGAUUCAUGAUCAAAUACAGCUAGAGAAAUUAAAGGGUCAGUGGUUUGAUAUAACUCUGUUAGUUGUCGAUGAUAAUACUAUUGUGUUUGACAUGCUUCUUGGUCGAGAGUUCUUUAUGGAAUCUAGGAUUAAAAUAAUUUACGAAAAUGGGGAAUUUAUCUUCGAAUCUCCUUUCAAUAAUAAAGAAAAUACGAACACAAUUUUAGUUAUAGAGGCAGUAAAUCAACGCGAUCAGUAUGAUAUUGCUUAUGAAAACCUAGAUAAAGACUUAGAUUUCUCUUCUAAAACCCGUUUAAUUGAAUUGUUACGCGAAAUAGAUUCAGCCGAAAUCGAACCGGUUAAGGACAACUAUAGGAUUAGGGUGCACUUGAAAGAUCAGACACUUUUCAGAUACGCUCCUAGACGAAUGUCAGUCCAAGAGAAAGCGGAAUUGCGGGAAAUCACGGACAAUUUAUUGGCGCGCGGUAUUAUAAAACCGAGCAUCUCACCGUACUGUUCGCGAAUUGUAUUAGUUACGAAACGGAACGGCUCUAAGCAAAUUUCCUUUUCCGCUUAUCGAGGACCUAAUAGAUCAACUAGGUGGGAAAAGAAUUUUUUCAAAAUUGGAUCUAAGAGAUGGAUUCCACCAGAUAGAAAUUCACCUAGAGGAUACGAAGUAUUUUUCGUUUGCGACGCCAUUUGGACAAUUCGAAUCCUGAGGGAAGUUUUGACCAUGCUAAGGAGUUACAAUCUGGAGCUGAAUAUGUCCAAAUGUUUAUUCUUAAAAAAAGAAAUAGAGUUUUUGGGCUAUGUAAUCUCAGAAAAGGGGGUAACACUAAAUCAGAGACACACCGAAGCUAUAUCUGCUUUUCCAUACCCAACCAACUUAAGACAAGUACAAGGGUUUGUGGGACUAUCGGGUUACUUUAGAAAGUUCAUUCACAACUAUACUUUAAAAACAGAGCUAACUUCUUUUCCAACGUUACGAAUAUAUAACCCUAAAGCCGAAACUGAAUUACAUACAGACGCUAGUUGUCAGGGUUUUGGGGCCAUAUUACUCCAACGUCAAGAUUCAAAAGAUUUAGCACCGAUCGCAUAUUUCAGUAAAGCUACAACUGACACAGAAAAAAAAUAUCACAGUUUUGAAUUAGAAACUCUAGCUAUAAUCAAAGCCUUGGAACGAUUUCAUGUUUAUUUACAAGAAAAAGAUUUAUUUGUUGUACCUGAGAACAUGAUAAAUCAAGUUAUCCAGCUAUAUCACGAUGAAAUGGGACAUGUCGGUAUAGAAAAAACUAUGUACGGGAUAACGGAUCACUAUUGGUUUCCUAAUCUAAAAUUAAAAAUUAGACAAUAUAUUGACAAUUGUGUACAAUGCUUAUCAUAUUCGUUAGCUGCUGGAAAGGCUGAAGGUGAAAUGCAAAUCUAUGAAAAGGAUACAAUACCAUUUCAAACUAUACACAUUGAUCAUUUUGGCCCGUUAGAGGAAACAACGGAAAAAUUUAAAUAUAUAUUAGUAAUUGUAGAUGCGUGUACUAAAUUUGUUUGGUUAUUUCCGACUAAGUCUACAGGAGCUAAUGAAGUAAUUAAUUCGUUAACUUUACUAUUCCAUUUAUUAGGGUAUCCGAAUAGAAUAAUUAGCGAUAGAGGCUCAGCUUUUUCAUCUCACAAUUUUUCAGAAUUUUUAAAGGACAAAGAAAUUUCACAUACAAUGACAGCAGUAGCGUCUCCCUGGGCCAAUGGACAGGUAGAGCGGGUAAAUCGAUUCUUAAAGUCCACUUUAGCCAAGAUAACCGAACAACCUAGACAAUGGAAGGAUUGUCUCGGUUUGGUCCAAUAUGUGAUUAACAACACUUUUCAUAAAGCAAUAAAUUCAACGCCUAGCAAACAUUUAUUCGGUUUUGAUCAAUGGCGUGUCAAAGACGAGCAUUUGUGGUCAUUAAUCGACGCCUGGCAGGCACUUGAUCGGAACUAUGUAGAAGUAAGAACAAAUACGCGAAUGGCAGCUCAAGAAGUUAAUAGAAAACUUCAAGAGUAUAAUAAAGAACAAUAUGAUAAACGGCACAAAAAAAUCACUCCAUAUUCGGUAGGAGACCUAGUGCUUCUAAAAAAACUACAAAAUCAACCGGGUAUUAAUACUAAAUUAACUGCUAAGUUUAAGGGGCCCUAUCAGAUAAAAGCAAUACUGAAGAAAAAUCGUUUUGUAGUAACUGACAUUCCAGGAUAUAAUCUCACGCAGAAACCGUAUAACACCAUUCUCUCAGCAGAUAAAAUUAAACCAUGGAUACGCGUAAAAGAUUCUGUUUCUGAGAAUAAUGUUAAUACUGCCAAUAUAGAAAUGGAAACUGAUAGCGACUCCGAUCUCUCACAAAAGUGUAAAUAG